GGAAUUGGAGUAACAGUUGUCGACUCGCCUUUCUCUAUUCUUAUGCUCCCUUAACCGAAGCCUCAACGCCCGAACUUCAUUCUCAGCUUCGCUUCUCAGUUUCUAAGCACGGACAAGAGCUAAAAGGCAGUUCCUCACCAACAAAAAUGGAGAUCAACCUGUCAGAUGAACAAAAAACAGAAUUUCGUGCCGCCUACGAUAUUUUUGUAACUGACUCCGAUGAUGGUACGAUCUCCACAAAGGAGUUGAGCAAGUUAAUGAAAAUGCUCGGGCAAAAUCCAACUGCCGAGGACUUGCGAGAAAUGAUAGCAGAGGUUGAUAUUGAUGGCAGUGGAACGAUCGAUUUCGAGGAGUUCUGCUUGAUGAUGUACCGCCAGAUGCAAGCUGAGGAGGAGGCGAAGAUUCCCGAACGUGGAGAGAAAGAGCUUUCCGAAGCUUUCCGAAUGUUCGACCUUAAUGGAGACGGUUUUAUCGAUUGGGAUGAAUUAAAGAUGGCGAUGGAAGGAACAGGUGAGUCUAUUGAAAAGUGGGAGGUCGACGACAUGAUGAACGAUGGAGACAAAAACCAGGACGGCAUGUUGGACUAUGAAGAAUUCCUCAACAUGAUGAAGUUUGUCCAGUAAACUAAAACCACUGACUCAUGGAAUGUCAUCAGUCGAAGAGGGCAAAAACAUUUGAAACGAAACUUUUACACAAUUAUCUGUGCACGCAAUUAUUAUUCUACAAUUAAAAUCUCCCACUAAAAUCAAAGUGGAUUUCUUGCUGGUUAAGGGUGGUCAUAAAACAACAGGCAGCCCAGUAAAUUAUUCAACUGCUGCUGUUUUGCUUUGUCCCAACGUAAACUUAUGGUGCUUUGUACAAAAUAAAACAAAGAGGAUUUUAAA